CAAAAAAAUGGAAAAAUAUUUUGUCGUCACUUCUCAACAAAAAGGUCAAAUUCUCAGAAAAUAUUUCAACUGCAGGAAGUGGCUGGAUAAAGCACGCAAAAUUACAAGAAUUAAUGAAACUGAACUGGCAAUCCCAGUCACCCCAGAAGGCAAAACUGAACUCAAUGAAAUCAACAUUAUUGAAGGGAUUGAUUUUUACUUAACGGAUGAUGUUGAUGAAAAAGUGUCAAACAAGUGCCCUCCCUCUCAAGUCCGUGAUGCAACUAUACGUGACUUAAGAAAAGCCCUGGAAACUAAAAAUGUGCUAUGGUGUAAUGAUAUCGAAGAAGAUAUUCCAUCCAGAUGGCAAAGACAUGGUGAUCUUGUCAUGUUGCCUGAAAAAGCAUUCCAGCACCCAGUAUGGGAGGAAAGUUUGGGGCUAGAUAUAUGGAAGAUUGUUGCCAAUUCAAUGGGUUGUAAAAGACUCGCCAAAAAGUGUCGCAUAGCAAGUGAUGGAUUCCGGACACCCCAGGUGAAACUGUUGCUAGGAGAUGAUGGCUGGGUGCAACAUGUAGACAACCAUAUCAAAUACACAUUUGAUGUUACCAAGAACAUGUUCAGUCAGGGUAACAUCAGUGAAAAACUGCGUGUGUCAUCAUUUGACUGUACAGGAGAGACUGUAGUUGACCUCUAUGCAGGUAUAGGCUACUUCACUCUUCCAUACUUGCUUCACAGUAAAGCAGAUCUGGUUCAUGCUUGUGAAUGGAAUCCGAAUGCAGUAGAUGCUCUGAGGAAAAAUCUUGUGCUGAAUCAUGUCGCUGAUAGGUGUAUAGUCCACAAAGGUGACAACAGAGAGGUGUGUCCCAAAGGAGUUGCAGAUAGAGUAAACCUAGGCCUCAUACCCAGCAGUGAGCAGGGGUGGGAAAUUGCAUGUGCUGCUCUUAAGCCUCAUUCUGGGGGUAUACUACACGUUCACAAUAAUGUAACAUCCUUUGUUGCAUUCCCUAGGGACAAAGCCAGCAACGUAAUCACUCAAACAGGCAGUAGCAAUGAAAUUAAACUGGAUGACAUUUAUGGAGUUGAUUUGCAUGAAAAGCCGCUUGAUUACUCCAAUUGGAUCACAGUGAUUGGAUCAAAUGAAGCACCCCUAUGUGACACUAAUGGUUAUCCCCUUAACAACAGUGGGAAUAAUCCACAAAUAGAGAGUAUUAACAAGGACGAGAAAAACGCCCACAUGAACCUGAGAAACAUUCCUAUGCAAAUUAACAAAAGCUGUGAUGGUUUAUCUCAAUUGAUCAAGCAACACAAUUACGAAGUCAUUAACGAUCAAAAAUCUGAUAGCAAUAACUCUAAUGAGAUCCUUUCAAAAUGUCCCACUAAUAAGAACUGUAAAAGUCCUGAAUUGACAUGCAAUGUAGCACAAAUCCAAAACACGCAACUCUCAUAUAAUAAUUCCACUUUACUUCACCAGCAGAUUGAGACAAGUAGUCAUCAAGUUCCGCGUGAAUUCGUUAUCGCAGACAAAUUACUGAAGAUCAAUAAACACUGGCUGGAGUGGUCGAUUAACUCAGCUUACAAGUUCAAAAGAAUACUGGAGGAUUUACAUGGCUUCUGGACACUACCCUCCUUUAUUAUCUUCGUGCUCUCAUCUAUGGAGGGAUAG